AUGCACGUUUCCAGCUCCAUCGUAAGACGAGCAGUAUGUGUCACCGUUCUCGUGUUUUUAAUCGUUGUGGCUCUGGUUUUGAAAAGCCCGACAUCGUCUGGGGAGCCAUCAACUGCGGCUGCAGCUGCCACGCCCAGUGCCAUCUUGAUCCCCAAAGUCGAAAACGCCUCCUCCAAAACAUCGCGGAUAAUCUCACUCCAAAAACAGGACUCAUUUAUGUGGCUAAAAAAUUCCAUAAAAAAGAUGCAGACCCACUAUACGGGUUUAGAUGGCAUGCUGACUGUAGCAAUUACAGCGUGUAUUUGCAUCGCUACGCUACUUGCGUUAAGAGUUGCAUAUGGUCUGGCCGUUCCGGCACGUUCUCGAUCGAAGCAUCUUCAUACUUAUAUAUUCAAGCUAGCUGGGAUAUGCACGGUGAUCGGCUUUAGCGCUUAUUUCAUAUCUUCCACAAAUUCCUCCACAAAUUCCCCCACAGAUUCAUCCACAAAUUCCUCCAAAAAUUCCUCCACAGAUUCCCCCACAGAUUCCUCCAAAGAUCAAAAAGCUGAAUACAACAGAGCUAAUGGAUUAUUCUGUAAUUUCGCAGGUAAAUAUCCUGAUUACACAUGGAGGUUGAAAAAUGUGACCGACUUUUAUGUUUUCUUCAAUGGGUCUCAAGAUAGGACGUAUUUUCCUUCAGCAUUGAAGCCCAUGUUUUACUUUCCCAGGCAGGAUGGCUUUUUUACUGCAGAAAAAAUCCCGUCCAACGAAACUAGCAGCCCACCCAAAUGGAUUAGGUCUUUUUAUUGCACCGAGUCUAUCGAAUCAUUUCUCAAAAUCUUUUUCAUUUCUAGAGGCUUUGUUAAUAACAAAUCUUUUCCUGGGGAAACCUUUCGUGAUGAAUUAGAUCACCACAUGAAAUGUGUUGACAAUCGACAAAGCUUUCUUUUGAUCCUUACGGAAAACUUGGACUCUUUUCUCAAGAACGACGACGAAAUAUCCCAGUUUUUUGACCAGAAAACUCUAAAAAACGAAGAUUUAGUACAAAAGUUUUUCAAAGGCAAUUAUUCAAAUGCUGCUGAAGAGGAGCAGAAACUACGGUAUGCUGUAUCUACUCAUUUCAAGAAAUGGGCUGAUCAUGCACUGGUGCCAGCUGUAAUUCAAUCCCAUGGUGUAAAUAUUACCGUGAAAGAAGACAACACCCUUUCUUUUAAAGGGGCAAAAGGUAAAAUCUGGGAAUUGGGAAACUAUGUUGCUAAAAACGAUUCAAAUUUCACCUUUUCGCUUCAAGGCUUGACGAGCGGUGUAUUAAAGAUACCCAUUUUGGGUGAAAAGCUCGAACCUUUAGAUCUGCUCAAGGGAAUAUAUAUUUGGAAUCAAGAUAAAAUGGAUAACUUGGAUCAUAUGAAUAUGAAUAUGAAGGCUGCACAGGGCGCGUUGAUUGAUGCAAGUAAUUCCACAAUUACGCUAUUGGGAUACAUGUAUCGGAAUUUAACCGCCAAAAAUAGUUAG